CAUCAUAACAUAAGCUCGUAACAAAAAGAAGUGGAAUAAGGAAAAGAAGAAAAAACCUCUAUAAUAGCUUAAAAGUGAAUGUUUGUUAAGUGUUUAUCUGAAUCCAUGCCCACGAAAAUAUUGAAAUAAAGACUAAAUUUGUGAAAAUGAAUUGAAAAAGCAUGGAAACCGUUCAAGAAACAGGCCAACUUGGCACAGGCUGGAUAGAAUUUAGUGAGCGUCAUGCUCGUGCUGCUAGUAGUGACUUUGCGAGAUCAGUCGUCCAGUAUUUCAAUUCAACGCUUCAAACAGAAGCUCGUGCAAAUAUUUCACAUAAAGAUUUAUUAAAAAAAUUUAUUGAUUGCUUUUCGGAGAACUUUGACUACGAGUAUCUACGUCGCAGUGUACAACAAGGAAACAGCAAGUCGGGCACAAAUGGCACAACAGCACCGAGUGAAGGCAGCGACUUCUCGGAAGAUCACGACUCGCCAAAAAUUAAUCAUAAACCAUUCUUUCGAAGAUUAUCAUUCAAGGCGCUAAGAAAAGGAAAGGUUCCGUUUCAGACAAUAUUCCAAAAGCAGUCAUCAGACGAUAUGGAUCUUUCAAAUUCUGAACAUAAUAAGAAAAAAUUAGCCAAAAUUGUUGUCGAGUGCCGAAAAGAGGGACUGGUCAACUAUGUACCGCCAGAAUUUCUCAAGAACGACAAAAAGGACUUGACGAAUCUCGAGUGGGAGAAAUGUAAAUUAGUAUUAGUCAAAUGUGCUGGUGGGUACAUGCUAGAGUUUCAUUCACUUGAUAAAAGUCCCAAGACACAAGGCGGCAUUUUUUGUUACUUAAUUCACGAGGCACGUGAAACAACUGCACUUGAAAUGCCUGACAAAGAAAAUACGUUCGUCCUGAAAGCUGAUGGCGGACAAGAAUAUUUAAUUGAGGCAAAAGAUGCGAUGGACAUGAAGAGUUGGAUUGCAACAAUUCGUUAUUGCAUGAAGACUACACCGACAUCGCAAUUACCAUCACAAGACCCAACAACAUCAAAUCCUUCAUUACCUAACACUUCUCUCAUCUCUUCCACGGGAUCAAUAACAGAUACAACGACGUCAAAUGUUUGUGCUCCUUCAUCAUCGACAGCUAAUACAUCAGCAAGUGGUGGCGCCACUUUGAAUAACAACAAUGUAAAUAGUAUGAAUAAUAAUCAAAUGUCAUCGUCAUCACAGCCUGAAAUACCGCCAAGGAGACCCGAAGCGUCAAGUCAAUUUCAUCUUGAUGAAGAUGAUUUGGAACAUGAAUCAGAUUUAACAGCACAAAUGAAUGAAUAUCCAUGGUUCCAUGGAACAUUACCACGCUCGGAUGCAAGUGCGAUGGUGCUUCAUGGUGGACAAGGAAGUCAUGGAGUUUUCCUUGUGAGACAAAGUGAGACGAGAAAAGGUGAAUAUGUGCUAACAUUCAACUUUCAAGGACGAGCAAAGCAUCUACGAAUGACGCUAAAUGAUUUAGGUCAAUGCCGCGUUCAACAUUUAUGGUUUCCAAGCAUCACAGAAAUGCUCGAGCAUUUCCGUCAAAAUCCUAUUCCAUUGGAACAAGGCGGUGUAGCUGACGUCAGGCUCACUGAAUACGUCGUGAAUCCUCGAACAUCACUUCAAAGUCCACGACAUGUGAGAUAACAAUAAUUAGUUAGAGAACACACAAUGUACAUUUGUUGUGGAAACCGAAAAAAUGUUGCCAUUUUUCUGUUCUUUUCUUUGCUAUUUAAAUGUUUCAAUGUCGCUUUGCUGUUGCUGCGAGGCGUUAGAAUGAAGAAAAUUUUCUUCUUAAUUCUUUUUCCAUUUGAUUCUGUAAUGGAAAGAUCUUUAUAAAUUUUUGAUUUUUUUUGUAAUUAAUAAUUUCGAAAGCCUUAAAGCCGAGAGGAUAAGGACGUGUUUCGAAUGUUUCGAAAUUACAUAAAAUCAAAUUAAUUUUUAAUGAUUCUAUUGUAUAGCAUCAUUUGUAAAAUUCUUUUCUUAUUUUUACAUGAUCAUCAUAACUUUUUUUCUUCCCUUUUUUAUUUUGAAGACUAAAGCUUUGCUCUUGGUAACAAGAGCGAGCGCAGAAAUGAAUAACAUAUAUUUAUUAGGCAUAUGAAUACAACCCCUAUCUAUAUUUAAGUUAAGAGAAUCAUUAUGGUUUCUUUUUUUUAAUUUUAAGAUUAAUUUUUAAUUAAACAAAAAAAUUAGCAAGAAGAUAAUCAAUAGAUUUUUAGUUAAUUAAUGGCUUUAAUAAGACUUUUAAGAUUUAAAAGAAUUUUUUUCCUU